GAUGAGGCGGCGGCGACAGCCGCGAGCUCCCAGGCCUGCGGGCGGCAGCCUCGGAGGGACCCCGGCUGAGCUCUGCAGAGCUGGCCGAGCGGGCCCGGAGCUCCCCGGUGCCCAGGGCGGGCCCCGCAUGACCGUGAUGCCAGUUUGGUCAGAGCCCCUGCGCCUCGGGGACGCAGCAACUUGGUGAGGGGGACGGGACUCCGGACUAGACAGCACCGGAGCUGACCGCUCCCGCCUGCAGUCCGCCUUUCGGAGUCUCGAUCCCGGGUCCAGAGGCGAGGAGAACCUCAGGCUGGCGGGUGGAACCCGUGGGUACCGCCGUGGGGCAGGAAGAGUGAGUCUGAGGCCAGUGGAUGAACUGACAGAAGAUAAAAGAUUCCAAAAAAGGAUGCGUGAGAGGGCCACACAGAACUGGAGCACGGGCGGCUGGCUGCUGGCACUUGGCCUGGUCUGGCUGUGGACCCACCUGGCCUCGGCUUCCUUGCAGCCUCCAACUCCAACAGUCCCCGUGAAGCAGGGCACCUGCGAGGUGAUUGCUGCUCACCGCUGCUGUAACCGGAACCGCGUCGAGGAGCGCUCCCAGACUGUCAAAUGCUCUUGCUUCUCUGGCCAGGUGGCCGGCACCACCCGGGCAAAGCCCUCCUGCGUGGACGAGAACUUAGAGCUGCCCUCACUGCUUCCUGCUCCCACAGCCUCCAUCGUCCUGCAGAAGUGGUGGUGUCAGAUGGAGCCCUGCCUGCUGGGCGAGGAGUGUAAAGUGCUCCCGGACCUGUCGGGAUGGAGCUGCAGCACCGGACACAAAGUCAAAACCACCAAGGUCACACGAUAGCUCUUGGGGGUCAUGACCUGACAGCUUGAUUGAGCCACCCGCUGGAGAACAGUGUCCAGUUAUCAGCUGGAAAAUAUGGAGAUUCACUUCCCCGGACCCACACGCUGUGCAAAGUGCAGCAGCACUCUUUCCAGAGGUAUUGCAGUUAAGCUUCUCAGCAGAUACGUCCUCAUAUCUCCAGGCCAAUCUCCAGCCACAUACCUGUGGUGCUGGCUUCUCCCUGGGGGACACAGAAGAAGGUCAAGAUAGAAUCCCUACCCUUAAGGAACGUUCAGUCAAGUUGAAGAGCUGACAAAAGGCAAUCAAGGUAACUUAGAUUAAAGUGUGUGGUAUCAGACUGGUUUCUGGCCCAUAUGCUGUGAGCAUGUUGGGGACCAUUCACCCCACUUCAGUUGAGGAGACUCCUACAGCCCUUCAGCCACCCUCUGGCCGCAGGGCACAAAGACAUAGGUCAUAUUCACCACCCACUACUUCGGUAGGACCUCACAUCAUAGGUCAUAUUCACCACCCACUACUUCGGUGGGACCUCACAACGGUCCGAAUCCCCGGCAAGCUGCUGACCUACUGAAGGAAAACACUCUCCCCUGAUGCCAGACCGGCUGUAUCUCAUUUGGAUGGGGCUGAAUUGACUUGGGGAAGGAAAGCAGAGAUGAAGCCAAACAACUUUACAGAAAAGCUUCUGCAGAGGCCUUGCCUGCUUCGGACACACUGGGUAUGGGCUGGACAGGACUGUAAGAUCACCCCCACCCAAGCACCCCAGGUUUUUGUUUGUUUGCUUCUUUUAACAGAUGAGGAAACUGAAUCCCGGAGAAAUGAGGUGACUUGCCCAAGGUGUCACAGCUUGGGCUCCCAAAUCUCUAAAACGGCUGACCUUUCACUUAGCCUGGAUGUUGGGAUUCCAGCCUGGGCUUUCCAUGCUGUUUUUAUCUCAAGAACAGGAACCUGCAAAGAACUGGCUGGACAGCUCAAUGAUUUUGAGCAAGAACUUUUACAAAGUUCACUCCUAUCUGAAAUAAUCCAGAAUACCUACCCAUCAGGAUGCAGGGCCACUGGGUCUCCACUCUGCCCUCAGCCCCAACACUUCCAAACAGAACCCAUGACAGCCCAGAGGUCACUCAGCCCAGUUACAGCUGGGCACUCUGAGCUGGAAGCCUUGUCCACUCUAACCCGUCUUUUCCAGAGUCCUUAGGCUGUGCCUCUCAGUGGCUCUGGCUCCAACAGAGGGUCUGGGUGGCGUCCAGGGCUAGUCAGAGUCCUCUUCCUUCAAAGGCCCUGCUAGGCAGCAGGGGAGCCCCUGCGCUGGAUGGAGCCUCUGUCCAGGACUGAAGGUCAGCCAGUCAGGCUGCACCCUAGGUGGUCUGCGGAUGACACACAGGCCUCAGGGACUCAGAGACGCGAAUUGCUUGGAUGUCUCGUCAAUAAGAGAAUUACAGCCUCAGUGACUGCUGGCAUCAGCUGGGAUCGGGUAGGAUCAGCUGGGAUCGCCAGGACUGCAGGGUGUGAUGGGGCCUUGAGGGGAGGGGCGUCAGUAGAGACCAACUGGGACAAUGCUGAAUUCUGACCCUCAGAGAAGAUAGAUCAGAUGAUGGGUUGAGGCUGAGAGUCUCAGUCCCUCCCUGCUUCUCUCCCUCCCUCCCCAUGCAUUAGAAUCAAGACCGUUGACCCUACUCCAGGGUUUAUCUUUUUUUUUUUUUGAGAUGUUCUUUUUUUUUUUUUUUACAUCUUUAUUGGAGUAUAAUUGCUUUACAAUGGUGUGUUAGUUUCUGCUUUAUAACAAAGUGAAUCAGUUAUACAUAUACAUUUAUCUUCUUGUUUGCCUUUUUGUUGGUUUUGGAAAUGGGGUGAACAAUGAUGCUGGCCUCCCACUAGGCUGUAGAUGUCAGAACUCUGACAACUUCGAAUCUCUGCAUAUAGUGGGGUCACAGGGUGAGGUAAUCAAGGAGUAGGUCAAAGGUUGUCAUCACCUCCUUCAAGGUUGGGGAGUGGAUUAAGGGAUUGGCACUCUUCUGGAAAGGAUAGUAAAUAUUUGCAGGCCACAUACAGUCUCUGGCAUAGUCUUUGUUUUUGUUGUUGUUUAUUUUGUUUCAUGUUGUUUUAAAAAACCUUUUAAAAUGUAAAAACCAUUCUUAGCUCAAGGGCUGUACAAAACCAGGCCCCAGGCAAUUUUUGGAAGGUUGCCAACCCCAAUAAACCUUUGAAGGCA